UCUGCCUUCUCUGCGACCAAUGAAUAUGCAGAUUGCGGUUGAUACUAAUAUUUAUUCAGGAACGUCCCUUAAAUCUGAGCAAGUUAACAACAAACCGGGACCCUCAUACUUUGUUCUCGAUGAAAAGUACGAUAUCAAGAAAAACGCAAUCAAAUAUAUCGAGGAUGUCAGUGAUCAACUUGGAUACGACUACAUUGCAAAAAACGAUGCAAUCAUUUGUAGUGGCGAUAUCAGUGAUCAACGGGGCUACGAUUACAUUGCACAUAACGAUGAUGAUUCUUUGAAGAAAAGCAAGGAAAUAGAUAGUAGAGAUAGGUACGCUGUAUCGUUAGAAGAAGUUGGCUCUUUCAGGCUGUCGAUUAACAAUUUGAUACCGUCCGAUGCCGGUGUAUACAAAUGUACUGUUGUGAUGAAGAACGACGAAACUCAUCUAAAAACGAUGACAUUGUUUGUAAAACCGAAACUUGUGGCACACGUUCGUGACGUAAAAGUAGAGGAGGGCAGCAGUGUUGCUACUAUGAUUUGCGAAUUGUUUCCAAAAGAUAGUGACAUAAAAACAACCACAUGGUACAAACGGGAUCGCAGCUAUACGAUUGCCAUUGCCUCUAGCAAUGAUGACUACAUCAAAGCUAACCCUAAAUACGAAGCGCUGAUAGACGAAGAAAAAGGAAGAGCGUUGUUGAGCAUUAAUAAUGUUAUCGUUGAAGACCGAGGAAAGUACGUUUGUGUUGCACAGAGAACAGGGGACAACGAUGAAGGUUCGAGUGCCAACGGGGAAGGAACUUUAUCUGUUGCUUGCAACCUCACAGUUCGUGUUUACAACCAGAAAGCCUUUAUCGGCGAUGAAAGCACGUUUCUCGAAUGUAGGAUUCUACCACCAGGUGAAGACAUAAUAGGUGUAAUGUGGUAUCGUUAUAAUGAACACGGCAAAUUCAACGGCAGCGUGUUGGCGUCGACAAACGACAUUGCGCGCCCUGACAGCAAGUAUACUACCUGCAUUGAAGAAGGCGGAAGGUGCAUUUUGUACAUACAUAGUGUUGUCAAAGGGGAUGCUGGCAAGUACGUCUGUAAAGUUAAGAGGACAUUUAGAGAAACAUUUUUCAAAGGAUCUGCCGUACUCACCGUUGACACUAAGUAACAACAUUUAAGAAUGACUUGCGCUGUGGAUGCAGCGGGAUAACGUAAGGCCAAAUCCACCCACGUGCUUGCCAUUGUAACACAGUUUCAGAAUCACUUGAACUGUUGUCGGCUGAGUCAAGAGUGAUAGGGGUGGGGUGGUGGGAGCUCCACCCACAGAUUUCUAGAUUUAGCUACUUGGACCUGUAUAUGACGACCUCCCCCACAAAACUGCGGGCUAUUUUGUCUUGAGUAAUCAAUUUUAUACUAUUAAUUCAACAAUUUGCAAACUCCUUAAUAAUGAAAUGUAAAAUAAGAACAUAAAACACGAAAUUAAAGUUUUAUUUGGCCUACAAGAAAGUUCUUAGACUAGACUAGAUAAUUCUUAGUGUAAAUUCUUUCGAAUUCAAUUCUAUUCAUUAGAUGAUAUUUAUAAAGGCCUAUGACAUUAAUUUUUAUUACGUGCGUCAUAAGCACGAUUGGUACAUUUUGAAUUCUAUAAUAGACAGUAAAAAAUACAGAUCUAUAAUGGACAAUAAAAGUAAUAUAGAUCUAUAAUAGACAAUAAAGUAAUACAUAUCUAUAAUAGACAAUAAAAGCAAUAUAGAUCUGUAAUAGACAAUAAAGUAAUAUAGAUAUUGCUUAAUCAAUUUUUAAUUUAAACAAAAGCAAUAACUUCUCGAACUUUUGUAAUUUUAAUUCUUACUUGAUCAUGAUCCAACAAGUACUUUGUAAAUCUCUACUCUGUGUUUAUAUGUUAUUUUCAUAUUUGAAUCAUUCUGCAACUUUUGAAAUUUCAAAUUGUGAGUGGAUUAAGGCCCUACGAAGAAUGGCAAGAAAAUAGAUUUUCACCUUAAUGCGUUAAUUUUGCACGUCCAAUGCCAAACUUAAAACUUCAUACAACAAUAGUUUUUAGCCUAGUUAAGAAUUCUAAUUCAACCGCGACUCCCGUAUACAAUUUUUUAUAUGUAUAAAAUUUAUAUAGGCUUAGGUAUAGGUUUACAAAUUGAAGACACUAAACAAUUUAUCAUUAGCCUAUAAUAAUAAUGUUUAACUUGCUUCUUAAAAUUACAGUACUUUAAAUUGCAUAUUUGUGUGUUAACAUUUGCUCUGGAGUCCUUCCGUUGCUGUACCGUGGAGACGAGAGAGGCUCAUCGUUUUCUACUAAAUAAAAUAAAUUGACACUAGCAUUCACACUCUCUGAUAUUAUAUACAUCCUGUGUGAUCCUAAUACAGCUAUCUCAACACUUUAAGAAAAAUAGCGAAGUCCACAAAUACCUUUUGCCAGACCCUCUUCCAGGCAGAAAAAACAUUUUUUACUAUGGUUCAGAACUCUGAAACGGUUUGCCAGAUCAGUUACAAGCUGUAACUCUCAAUACUCAUUUUCUAAAGAUCUCCUGUAAAAAUUAUUUUUUUCAGUUCACUUAGAUUUUUUUGAUUAUGGUGAUUUUUAAUGGUAUUUCGCUGUAGUUCAGUGAUUAUUGGUGGGGGUAUUUUUCCGCGGGACAAACGCUUACAAACUUUAUUUGCUUUCUGUUUGCCUCGCCACUUGGUUUUCCCCCACUGUCUAGUUGGCCUACUGUUUAAUUGUAUGUAUGAUGUUUGCACCAAGUGAAAUAAAGUGAAGUUGAAGAAGCUCCUACUAAA